GAUGCGGAUUUACCACCAUACAAUACAACGUUAUUGUACAUAGUUGAUGGUGAUGAGUACGGUUUGUUCCGACUCGAUAACAAUGGGCGAUUGUACAUUGAGAAUGUGCCGCAUGCAAGAACUGAAACUGAGUAUUUGUUGACUAUACUCGCAUUUGAUGGCAAACACGACAGAAAAGCGCACGUUAAGGUGAAACUCAGAGUGGAUUCAGCAGUUGUGAAUUGUAGCGAAGAGCAAUUAGAGAUCAGUGUGAAAGAAGACGCGAAGGAAGGAACGGUUUUGUUGGGACGACGCGAAGAGAAGCUGAUAUCAUCUGUUCACUUUACGUUGAUUAGUGAUGUGGAAAUAGACAAUUUUGCAGUCACAAAGACAGGCGAUCUAAUUUUG